AUGUCGACGCGCGCGCGCGACGCCGAGCGCGACGCCGCCGUCCUCGUCGCGACCUACCUCACGACGCGUGGGUUCACGCGCGCCGCGCGCGCGUUCGAGAUCGACGCCCGGGCGGUGCUGCCGAAAAGACGCGCGGGCGAUGGAUUCGGUCGCGAUGUGAAAGAUUUAGUCGACGUCGUGCGCGAGUACGUCGAGAUGAAGACGCGCGCGGCGACGCGGACGCGCGCGACGGGGGUGUUACGUGACAUCCUAGCCGUGAUCGACCGCGCGUUGGCGACUGAGGACGACGGGAAGGGGGAGGGGGAUGGGACGACGCGGACGCCGGAGCGAGAGACGCUCGCGGACACGCCUCGGCGACGCUCGCGCGAUGGCGACGAGGGGAUGGCGGCGGAAAGGGGGUGUGGACGACGGAAAGGGACGGCGCCGAAACGGCGCGUGGACGCCGCGGAUGGACGGAUGGGGACGCCGGAGACGCGGACGGCGGCGGAGACGCGGACGGCGGCGCCGGCGUCGGCGAGCGGACGCGAGGACGCGGGGGGGGGGGGCACGCGGUCGUUUCACAUGCCUCGUCUCGCCGAUGGACGCGCGGAGCGGCGCAUGGCGGAUGUGAUCGUGAACGCGUUCGGGGGGCGACGGAAAUUCGUCGCCGAGAAUUAUCGCGAGCCGGUGAUCGACGAGACGCAGGUGGACCACGUCAUGGACGCCCUCAUGGCUGAAGAGGGCGCGCUCGGGGAGUUUUUGGAGUCCAUGAUGAGCGAGGUCGAAAACGCCCUCCCGCCGUCUCGCCACACGAGUCCGCGGGCGACGCGCGAGCGUUCGGCGGCGGACCCGGGCGCGCCGUUCGCCUCGCCUCGACGCGCGAGCGAUCUCACCUCCUAG